CAGUUUGACUAUAUAAAGGCUCCAGUACAACUCUCAGACACCAGCAAUAGCCAUGACUUUCCUUUGGGUUCUCUCUUGCCUUGCCUUCAUCGGCACCGCUUCUGUUCAGAGUUGUGGUGUCCCGGCCAUCUCUCCUGUCAUCUCAGGCUAUGCGAGGAUUGUGAAUGGUGAGGAUGCCGUUCCCGGAUCAUGGCCCUGGCAGGUUUCGAUGCAGCAAAAAAAUGGCUUUCACUUCUGUGGCGGCUCCCUGAUCAACGAAAACUGGGUUAUAACUGCAGCCCACUGCAGUGUGAGGUAAGGCAACUGAGUGAACAUCUUAAAAGCACCUCAUUACAGCACAAGCAACAGUCCUGACAUCCCAGGAAUCAGUCUGGGAAAGGCUAUUACUCAUCCCAAGUGGAGCCCCAGCACCAUCAAUAACGACAUCACCCUGGUCAAGCUAUCUUCACCUGUUACAUUCAGUGCCAAAGUCUCCCCCGUCUGCCUUGCUUCAGCUCAAAAGACCUUCGCUCCUGGCAAGAUGUGCGUCACCACAGGAUGGGGUCUGACUCGUCCCUCUGCUUUUAGAACACCUUGCAUCCUGCAACAGACAUCUCUCCCUCUCCUGAGCAACGUCCAAUGUCAAAAUUUCUGGGGCAACCAGAUCUCUGAAGUGAUGGUUUGUGCUGGUGCUUCAGGUGCAUCUUCCUGCAUGGGUGACUCAGGUGGACCUCUUGUCUGCCAGGAGGGAGGAUCCUGGUAUCUGACAGGAAUCGUGUCCUGGGGUAGUGGCAGAUGCUCCACAAGCAUUCCCGGAGUUUACGCCCGUGUGACUGAACUCCGCAGUUGGAUCGAUGAGACACUCGCCAGAAACUAACAAGGAAUCUAUGCUAUUGUAAACUCUAAAUAAAAAUCAAUGUUCUGCUACUCUUGGUUUGUCUGGCUUUGUCUUUGCG